AUGGGCAACGACCUCACCGAAGCAGAGGCAAAAGUUUACGAUCGACAGCUUCGAGUAUGGGGUGUCGAGUUGCAAAAAAGGCUGAUGGCUGCAAGAAUCCUGAUAGCAGGUUGCUCCAGCGGAGUUGCUGCAGAGGUAUGCCAAAAUAUUGCACUGGCCGGAGUGGGGUCUCUAACCCUGCUUGAUGACGCCCCCUGCAAGUCAGAGGCAGCAGCCUGCAAUUUCCUCGUCCCUGCAGAUGCAGAACAAGGUCAGAGUGUUGCUGAGGCGAGCGCAGCCACCCUUCGCGAAAUGAACCCCUUGGUGAAGAUUGCAGCGCUGCCGGGAUCCCUGCCGCCCAUUCCAGAUCCUGAGUUCCUCAGGGGCUUUGAAGUGGUCCUGAUCACCUCAGCACCUUUCAGCACGCUGCUCCAGUACGAUGCAGCCUGCAGGCAGCUGGGUGUUGCCUUCUUCACAGCCAGCAGCCGAGGCUCCACCAGCUUCUUCUUUGCCAACCUGCACACCCAUGAGUACACCCCCCUGGUAUGUCCUUCAUGCGCUCUAAUCGCAUUCCCCUCGCUGGCAUCGGCCCUGUCGCAGCCCUGGAAGACCCUGCGUGCCCGCUACACCCACAAGCUCGUCUAUGUGCUGCGAGUGUGUGCGGACUUUGAGAGCCACGCGGGGCGCUUCCCCACAGCGGAGGAUCUGCCGGCGCUGCAGGAGCGGGCGCACGAGCUGGCGGCCGACGCGUGUGCGGCGGCUGCGGCCGAUGCAAACGGCGGGCCGCUGCCCCGGGACCUCAUCGGCGAGGAUGUGAUGCCUGCGGACAUACUGGAGGAGUAUGUCACGGGGGCGUCUGAGCUGGCGCCUAUCAAUGCUGUGCUUGGGGGUGUGCUGGCCAAUGAAGUGCUCAAGGCCGUGUCGCACAAGGGCGAGCCUGUCAAGAACUUCUUCUUCUUCAGCCUGGGGGACAAUGUCGGCCUGGUGGAGACCCUCGGGGAGGUUGUCUGA